AUGGAGAGCAUCACGCAGCUGUUCGGCGAGCUGUGCGAGGCGCAGCUGGCCGYGCUGCCCUGGAAGGCGCAGCUGGGCCGGCGGCGGCUCUGCAAGAGGAGCGCCCGGCGGCACCUGAGGCGCGUCGCCUACGACGCCCUCUUCAUGGACCUCUUCCGAGACGAGGCGCGCAGGCUGCACGCCAGCGCUGCCCGGCUCCCCGUCAAGAACAAGAUUUUGAUGCUGUCCUUCAACCUGAGGGUGGGCGGCCUGGGGGCCCAGGCCGAGCGGCUGGAGAGCCUCGUGGAGGAGCUGGAGGCGGCCGAUUCCCUGCCCUUCACCGAGGUCAGCUCCGUCCUGGAUCUCCUGGUGCAGCUCGCCGGAACAGGCCCCCCGCAGCUCGUGCCGCAAAAGAAGGACUAUUUCCUAAACAACAAAUACGUUGGGAGGAACGUCAAGUACCAGGGUUACGAUUAUUACGACGUGAGCGUGUUCGAGGCCGACAUCCAGUCCCUCAUCACGAGCGAGGAGUGUCAGUUGAGCGACACGAUCCAGAAGACGCUGCGGAUCAUGGAGGCGGCGCCCGGCACCGGCCUCUCGGCCAUGGGGCUCUUCUCGCAGGGCUCUCCUGCCGGCGACAGGUUCGAGAAGGAGACGCGGGUGUCGCUCUUCGGGGCGCUGGUGCACAGCCGCACCUACGACAUGGACAUCAAGCUGGAUCUGCCGCCCGUGCCCGACAGCGCCGAUCUGUCCGGACUGGCAAUUAAAGUUCCUCAAAGCAUAGACCAGUCCGAAGAUGAGGGGUUCCAGUCAGCAUCCAACCUGACUCCGGAUUCGCAGUCGGAGCCCAGUGUGACACCUGAUAUAGACCUGUGGGACGCGGUGCUCACCUAUGGACCCAGCAAGCGGAGGUGUUGGGAGAGGAUUGGAUACCCACCUGGUAAGAAAGAGGAGCCCUACCUUACUGAAGCUGGGAGAGAAGCUUUUGACAGGUUUUACAAGCUCCGAGAAGGGGAAUUGCAGCUCUUCAGUAAUACUGCCCUGCAGUUUCCACAGCUUGUGCUAAUGAAAGAACCUGAACUGGUUAAGGAUGUGUUGAAUGUCCUCAUUGGUGUGGUAUCUGCCACAUUUUCACUCAAUCAGGCUGUGCAAACGUUUGUGAUAAAGGAAGGGGUUUAUGUGUCUGGAACCUCCCCAGAGACGAUGCACAACCUACUCUCAGAAGUGGCAGAAUACGGGACCUACUACACGCGGCUGAGUCGUUUCUCUCUCCAGCCAGUCAUAGAUUCUUCAUACAACAAGGGGCUUGUGUUUCAGGCAUUCACAAGUGGGCUGAGAAAGUAUCUUCAGUAUUACCGAGCCUGUGUUUUGUCAACACCUCCUACUCUGAGUCUUCUAACAAUCACAUUUCUUUUCAGAAAAUUGGGUCGUCAAUUGAGGUACUUGGCUGAACUUUGUGGCAUAGGAACGACGACGCUGGGGAUCAGUGGCGGAGCUGGUGCUUCAUUUCCUACGGGUGUGAAAUUGCUUUCGUAUCUGUACAAAGAGGCUCUCAACAACUGUAGCAAUGAGCAUUACCCAGUUCUUCUGUCUUUGUUAAAAACCAGCUGUGAACCAUACACAAGAUUUAUCUAUGAUUGGGUAUACAGUGGUGUUUUCAGGGAUGUUUAUGGCGAAUUCAUGAUCCAGGUGAAUGAGGAUUAUCUUUGUUUCAGAGAUAAACAUUACUGGACUCAUGGCUACGUUUUGAUUUCGAAGGAAGUAGAAGAUUGUGUCCCUGUCUUUCUUAAACAUAUUGCCAAUGAUGUGUACAUAUGUGGGAAAACCAUAAACUUACUGAAGCUGUGUUGUCCCAGGCACUAUAUAUGUUGGUCAGACAUUCCCGUUCCACGGAUUUCAGUUAUUUUUUCCCUGGAGGAGCUGAAAGAAAUAGAGAGAGAUUGUGCAGUGUAUGUAGGUCGAAUGGAAAGAAUUGCCCGAUACAGUUCAAUAAGCAAGGAAGAGAAGGAUUUACGCAUGGAAAUAGCCAAACAAGAAUUAAUUGUUCAUGCUCGAGAAACUGCCAGCAAAGUGCUAAAAGCCAUUAAUGAUCGACAAAUAUCAGAGCGAAUGGCUUUGGAUGCAAAGAAACGGGAGCAGUUCCAGAAGCUGAAAGAGCAGUUUGCAAAAGACCAAGAGCGUCGCCUUGCAAUAAAACAAGAGGAGAUUGAUGAUGAUUUCAGCUAUGCCCGAGAACUCAGAGAGAGGGAAAAAAGACUGAAAGCUUUAGAAGAGGAACUGGAAAAAAAGGCAAGGCAAGAAUUAAUUGACCAUUAUAGCAAACUUUCUGAUGAUGCAGCCCGGAGGGAACAAAGAGCUUUAUGGAAAAUCCAGCGGCACAAAUUGGAAACAGCCCGUCUCAAGUUCCUGUUGGAAGAUCAAAAGCAAAUUGAGGAAAUGCUUGAAAAACUUCCAGAUGGAAACUAUAGGAGAAAAUUAGAUAUUAUUCCAUACGAACAGUGCCCGCUGCCUUUGGAUGCAAGCAUGGUUGUGCAAGAUGCACAUUCACAGGUGUCAUCUGUGAGUUUUCUGCCUUCUAGUGAGAAACUUGGCAGAAAAGAACCUGAGCCUGGCCUAGAGCACCUUGCUUCCACAGACCAAGCGUUGCCUGUGGCGCGGCCAGCAGCACAUGAGGCUGAUGAGCAUCUUCAUCCUCAAGCAGCAGGGUCUGGAUUCUGCUCCCAGCCUGCAGAGCAGGCAGGCAGCCCUCUGCACGGGGCUAGUUCCUUGCCUGAAACUGAGGUGAAUAUAGAAGACUUUUUAUCGCAACCACAAGAUGAACAACCUGUUGCCGUUAGUGUAGAAGGCUCUCUGCUGGACGAAGCAUUUCAGAACAUUAACUCUGAUCUUUCUGAGCCCUCUCAAGGGGGUAGACAUCAGCCUCUCCCAAGAGGCCCACUUGAAGCAGAGGGUGAUGCAGCAUCGUGUCUGCCACACGAGUAUGAUUUUAGUACCGUCCUCAGACCGUCUGCCGCUUGGCAGGGACACGGUAGAGCUGCAGAGAACGUGCUUGAUGCAGACUACAAAAGGCCUCAGUGGAACAUUCAUGGCCAUGCAUCCGACUCCAGCCUCAGGGUGGGAGAAUACGUGCCUCCCGAGUCCGGGGAAUGCGCACGCUCCCACGGGAGAACCAGCAGCAGCGCUUGCGACAUCCCGCCCCACCGGCCCCGCUGGAACGUGCACGGGCACGUUUCCCAAGCCCAUAUUAAAAUCGGGGAAUAUGCUUCGGAGGUAGAGCCCCCGCGGCCCAGGGGGAAUAUUCACGGACACGCCUCAGAAGGCAACAUCAAGGUGGGCGAGUACGUGUCGAACGCGGCGCCUGCGAGGCCUCGCUGGAACGUCCAUGGCCACGCGUCCGAUGCCAACAUCAAGAUCGGUGAGAACGUGUCCGAGGUCGUCUCGGCGCGGCCCCGCUGGAAUAUCCACGGGCACGCGUCCCAGUCCCACAUCAGGAUCGGAGAGCUCGUGGCGGAUACGGAGCCCCUGAGACCUCGCUGGAGCCCCUUUGGCCACGCGUCGCAGUCGAGCAUUGAAAUAGGGCAGUGGGCCCCGUGUGCGGAGAGCGACCCCAUUCCGCACCGUAGAGCCCUUUCUGGUCCCUCAUCCAGCUCCACGGUCCAGGCUCUUCUCUGCAGUGAAGAAUUAGCUCCUGCGGAGGGAAGUAGAAAGAAAGUGGAAGCAUCACAAGCUGGGAAAAAGGCCUUACCCCAGUCCCCGGCACCUGACAGCGUUCCAGUCCUUCCUGGCGCCGGCACCGAAGGUGACAAUAAGGAAGACGUAACAGAAGGGAAGCAAGAAGUUACUGUGGUUGCAGAUGGAGUCAACAAGGACUCUUCCCCAGAUUCUUCACAGAGCUUGCAGAUAGAAGAACCUGAAAAAACAAUUCCACAAGACACAGCGCCUCCAGCAGCUUUGGUUUCUGAAGCUACUGCUGCCAAGGGGAAGAAGGAAGAAGAGGGAGAGGAUACAUGGAGGAAAGAACAAGCUUAUUUAAAAGCCUUAUCGGACCAAUACUGUAUUGAAAAAUACCAAGAUAGUUAUGAUUUGAUGUCAGAACUGCCCGUGUCCCAUCUCUUGCACCACGUGAUCCCCCGCUCCUACACUUUUCCCGUGGAUCCUACGGUACAGUCGGCGACGGAUGAGACGGCUGUUCAGCUGAGUGAGCUGCUCUCUCUGCCCGUGCUCAUGAAACGCUCCAUUACUGCUCCCCUUGUGUCCCACGUGUCCCUUGUGAACAAAGCCAUAGUUGAUUACUACUUUGUGGAGCUGAACGUGGAGAAGCACUUUGAGGCGCUCAGACACUUUCUGCUGAUGGAAGACGGGGAGUUUGCCCAGUCGCUCAGUGACCUCCUGUUUGAGAAGCUCGGAUCAGGACAAACCCCAGGGGAACUGCUGAACCCCCUGGUCCUCAACUCCAUCCUCAACAAGGCCUUGCAGUACAGCCUUCACGGGGACACCAAGCUGGCUUCCAAUCUUUCCUUUGCGCUCAAGUACCUUCCAGAGGUGUUCAAGCCCAAUGCCCCCGAUGCUCUGAGCUGCUUAGAGCUCAGAUACAAGGUUGACUGGCCUCUGAACAUUGUCAUUACCGAGAGCUGCAUGAAUAAGUACAACAAGAUCUUCUCUUUCUUGCUCCAACUGAAGCACAUGGUGUGGACCCUCAAGGACGUUUGGUUUCACCUGAAACGCACUGCUUUAGUGAAUCGUGCCUCAAAUUCAGUUCAGUUCCGGCAGCUCCAGCUUUAUAAGCACGAAAUGCAGCACUUUGUGAAGGUUAUCCAGGGUUACAUUGCUAACCAGAUCCUUCACGUGACGUGGUGCGAGUUUGGAAACAAGCUGUCUUCUGUGGGCAACCUGGAAGAAAUCCACAGGACGCACGCGGAGUACCUGAACAAGGCCAUCUUCAGGGGCCUGCUGACCGAGAAGGCGGCUCCGGUGAUGAACAUCAUUCACAGCAUCUUCAGCCUCAUCCUCAAGUUCCGCAGCCAGCUCAUCUCGCAGGCGUGGAGCUUGGACGCGGGCACGCGGGCGGCCGUGCACCCCAACUUCGCGCUCAUGCAGCAGUCCUACAACACCUUCAAGUACUACUCCCACUUCCUCUUCAAAGUGGUAACAAAACUCGUAAACAGAGGCUACCAGCCACACUUGGAGGACUUCCUGCUGCGGAUCAACUUUAACAACUACUACAAGGAUAACUGAGCUGCCGUUCAGCACGCGGCUGAGCGUGGGACAGCGGGGAGCAGCUCGGCCUCGCCGUAUAGGAUCCAUAGGCGCUUCUGCAGCCAUCACGCAGAGGCCUUUUUUGGGGGGAAACCCUCUGCUUCCAGCAGCUUGAGCCGCCUCACGUGCAGAGUGAUGCCCCUGGAAGGCCCGGGCCCUGCAGGCUCCGCUGAGAACUGAUGGCGUCGCUGCACCAAGGCAGGGGCCUGGUCGCCAGGGCCAGCGAGUGUAAAACUGUACAUGUGUGAAUGUGUAAAUGUCUUAUUUGCAGUGCUGUGAACUUCCU